AUGCACAACUUCCUGGAGGAGCUGCAGCGCUUUUGGCUGACCGAGCUGGAGGCUCUGGAGAAGGAGAUGAAGAAGAAAAAGAAAAUAAAUAUCGUCAAGCUCUCGGAGGAUAUCGCCGGUCUCCGUGUGAGACGCACAGAAAUGGAGAAGAAUUGCCAACUGGCCGCUAUUGAGUUUCUGAAGGGCAUCGGGACUACGGUGAUCAGGUUUCAGGAGUUGAAAAGAACCCUGGGAGAUUCGACAGCAUGCUGUACUUGCUGGGCCAUGCAAAAUUCACCUCAGGAAGAUAUUGGUGGGAGGUGGUGGUGA